AUGGCCUCUCAGGAUGUCGAGGCAGCCACUGCACUCAAGGUGCAGGGCAACAAGGCCUUCGUUCAGCAUGAAUGGCCCGCCGCAGUGGACUUUUAUACGCAGGCGAUUGGAAAGUACGACAAGGAACCGUCGUUCUUCAGCAACCGAGCGCAGUGCCACAUCAAACUCGAAGCAUACGGGUUCGCGGUCGCGGACGCCACAAAGGCCCUGGAGCUCGACUCUAACUACAUCAAGGCUUACUGGCGACGAGCCCUUGCGAACAGUGCAAUUCUGAACUACCGCGAUGCCGUGAAAGAUUUCAAGGCCGUUGUGAAGCGUGAGCCCGGUAACCGCGAUGCGAAAUUAAAGUUGGCCGAGUGCGAGAAAUUGGUCCGACGGUUGGAAUUUGAGAAGGCCAUUGAGGUCGCCGACCCUCCGUCUGCUUUUGAGAGCUUGGAUAUUGAUGCUAUCCCCGUGGAUGAUGCGUAUGAUGGCGUGAAACUCGGGACGGAGAUGACUCAGGAGUUCGUUGAUGACAUGAUUGAAAGGUUUAAGAAUGGGAAGAAGAUUCACCGGAAGUAUGCGUUCCAGAUUGUCAAGGCUGUUAAGGACCUUGUCUAUGCUGAGCCGACUAUGGUUGAGAUUGGGGUGGACCAGGGCACGAAGUUGACUGUUUGCGGUGAUACUCAUGGACAAUUCUUCGAUCUUUUGGAGAUUUUCCGACUGAAUGGAUACCCUACGGACACUCACGCAUAUCUCUUCAACGGUGACUUUGUGGAUCGUGGCUCAUGGUCUACCGAAAUCGCUCUCCUCCUUUAUGCGUACAAGUGGCUGCGGCCUAACGGUAUCUUCCUGAACCGUGGAAACCACGAGACGGACGACAUGAACAAGGUAUACGGAUUCGAAGGCGAAUGCAAGGCCAAGUACAACGAAACGAUGUUCAAGGUUUUCUCCGAAUCAUUCUCUGCUCUGCCACUGGCCACAUUGAUCGGCAACAAGUUCCUUGUCCUCCACGGUGGUCUUUUCUCCAACGAUAAGACGACAUUGGAUGACAUUCGCAAGCUCGACCGCCACAACCAAAGGCAGCCCGGACAGCAAGGGUUGAUGAUGGAGAUGCUUUGGACUGAUCCCCAGACGGAGCCCGGCCGUGGACCUAGCAAGCGAGGUGUUGGUCUUCAGUUCGGUCCAGAUGUUACCAAGCGCUUCUGUGAGAACAACGGGCUAGAGGCCAUUAUCCGUUCGCACGAGGUGCGCAUGAAUGGAUACGAAGUUGAGCACGAUGGACGAUGCAUCACCGUCUUCUCCGCUCCUAAGUACUGCGACGCGACAGAGAACAAGGGUGCUUUCAUCAAGAUUGGACCCGAGCUUAAGCUUGAGUAUCAGGUUUUCGAGGCGGUGCCUCACCCAGAUAUCAAGCCGAUGGCCUAUGCUCAAAGCUCACUGAUGUCUAUGAUGUGA